GCGUUGAAUGGAUUUUUAACAUUUCUACCGCAGCCUUUUAGCCUGAAAUCUUUUUAAGAAGAUGGUUUUGCAAAACAGCGGACGGUUCAGGGCGGACAGAGGCCAAAGUGGAGCAGAUCAGGAGAACCAGGAUGACGGCUCCUCCAUGUCGGCCGUCAAGCGGCUGGAGCGCAGCCAGUUCACCGACGACAUGGACGCGCGCUUCGGCUUCGACAGGAUGAAGGAGCCCGGGGAGAGGACGGGCUGGCUCAUCAACAUGCACCCUACAGAGAUCCUGGAUGAAGACAAGAGGAUGAUCAGUGCUGUGGAUUAUUACUUCAUCCAGGAGGAUGGGAGCAGAUUCAAGGUGGCUCUUCCCUUCAAGCCUUAUUUCUACGUUGCUACUAAAAAGAACUGCGAGCGAGAGGUCGUGUCAUAUCUAUCGAGGAAGUUCCAAGGAAAAGUGGCAAAGCUUGAAAAUCUUCCAAAGGAGGAUCUGGAUCUGCCGAACCAUCUGGUUGGCCUGAAGAGAAGCUACAUCAAGCUGUCCUUCAACACCGUGGACGAUCUCGUCAAAGUCAAGCGUGAGAUUGCGCCGGCCGUGCGCAAAAACAAGGAGCGGGAGCAGUCCAACGACGCCUACACGUCCAUGCUGUCGAGCGCUCUGUCGGGAGGCGGCGUGACCUCGGCAGGCGACGACGGGACGUCCAAGAGCAUCGCAGAUCAGCUGGACAACAUCGUGGACAUGAGAGAGUACGACGUGCCGUACCACGUCCGACUGUCCAUCGACCUCAAGAUCCAUGUGGCUCACUGGUACAACGUUCGAUACCGAGGCAGCACGUAUCCACCAGAGAUCGUGCGCAGGGAUGACCUUGUGGAGCGACCGGACCCCGUCGUUUUGGCUUUUGACAUCGAGACGACCAAACUUCCCCUGAAAUUCCCUGAUGCGGAGACGGAUCAGAUCAUGAUGAUCUCCUACAUGAUCGACGGACAGGGCUUUUUAAUCACCAACAGAGAGAUCGUCUCCGAGAGCAUCGAGGAUUUUGAGUUCACGCCCAAGCCUGAAUACGAAGGGCCUUUUACCGUUUUUAACGAGGACGACGAGGCGGCCCUCAUUCAGAGGUGGUUUGACCACGUGCAGGAAACAAGGCCCAAUAUCUUUGUGACCUACAAUGGAGACUUCUUUGACUGGCCUUUUGUGGAAACGCGGGCAGCCCUCCAUGGGCUGAGCAUGCACAGGGAAAUCGGUUUCCAAAAGGACAGCCAGGGGGAGUACAAGUCUAGUCAGGCCAUCCAUAUGGACUGCCUGAGGUGGGUGAAAAGGGACAGCUACCUGCCUGUGGGAAGUCACAAUCUGAAGGCAGCAGCCAAGGCUAAACUGGGCUACGACCCGGUGGAGCUGGACCCUGAGGAGAUGUGCCGCAUGGCAACUGAAGAACCACAGACCUUAGCCACCUACUCUGUGUCAGACGCCGUGGCCACGUAUUACCUGUACAUGAAAUAUGUUCACCCCUUCAUCUUCGCGCUGUGCACCAUCAUCCCCAUGGAGCCCGAUGAGGUGCUGCGUAAAGGCUCGGGGACUCUGUGCGAAGCCUUGCUCAUGGUGCAGGCCUUCCACGCCAACAUCGUGUUCCCCAACAAGCAGGAGCAGGUUUUCAACAAGCUCACAGACGACGGCCACGUCAUGGACUCUGAGACGUACGUGGGCGGACACGUGGAGGCGCUGGAGUCCGGCGUGUUUCGCAGUGACAUCCCCUGUCGCUUUAAAAUGAACCCGGCUGCGUUUGACUUUCUGCUUCAAAGGGUUGAGGGGACGAUGCGACAUGCCGUCGAGGAGGAGGAGAAGAUCCCUCUGGAGCAAGUGACCAACUUUAAUGAGGUGUGUGAGGAAAUCAAAAAGAAGCUGACGUCCUUGAAGGAGGUUCCAAACAGGAUUGAAUGUCCUCUCAUCUACCAUCUGGAUGUCGGGGCGAUGUACCCCAAUAUUAUCCUCACCAACCGCCUGCAGCCGUCAGCGAUGGUCGACGAGGCCACGUGCGCUGCGUGCGACUUCAACAAGCCCGGCGCCUCCUGUCAGAGGAGGAUGACUUGGCAGUGGAGAGGAGAAAUCAUGCCCGCGAGUCGCAGCGAGUUCCACCGCAUCCAGCAGCAGCUCGAGUCUGAGAAGUUCCCCGCGCUGUUCCCCAACGGGCCGGCCCGGGCCUUCCACACCCUGAACAGGGAGGAGCAGGCCAAACACGAGAAGAAACGUCUGGCAGACUACUGCAAGAGGGCCUACAAGAAGACGCGCGUCACCCGGCUGGAGGAGCGAGUUACCACCAUUUGUCAGAGAGAAAACUCCUUCUACGUGGACACGGUCAGAGCGUUCAGGGAUCGGCGUUACGAGUUCAAAGGACUUCAUAAAGUGUGGAAGAAGAAGCUGUCGGCGGCGCAGGACAGCGGAGAUGCUGCAGAGGUGAAGCGCAGUAAGAACAUGGAGAUCCUGUACGACUCGCUUCAGCUGGCCCACAAGUGUAUUCUGAACUCUUUCUACGGCUACGUCAUGAGAAAAGGCGCCCGCUGGUACUCCAUGGAGAUGGCCGGCAUCGUGUGCUACACCGGGGCCAACAUCAUCACUCAGGCCAGAGAGCUUAUUGAGCAAAUAGGGAGGCCGCUUGAGUUGGACACUGACGGUAUUUGGUGUGUGCUUCCCAACACCUUCCCUGAGAACUUUGUGAUAAAGACGAGCAACGAGAAGAAGCCCAAAGUGACCAUCUCCUACCCGGGAGCCAUGCUGAACAUCUUGGUGAAAGAGGGGUUCACCAACGAGCAGUACCACGAGCUGGUGGAACCCGCGUCGCUCACUUACAACAUCCGGUCGGAGAACAGCAUCUUCUUCGAGGUGGACGGACCGUAUCUGGCGAUGAUCCUGCCCGCCUCCAAGGAGGAAGGGAAGAAGCUCAAGAAGAGGUAUGCUGUGUUCAACGAAGACGGCUCGUUGGCUGAGCUCAAAGGUUUUGAAGUGAAACGAAGAGGGGAGCUCCAGCUCAUCAAGAUUUUUCAGUCCUCUGUGUUCGAGGCUUUCCUCAAAGGUACCACUCUGGAGGAGGUCUACGCGUCUGUGGCUAAAGUGGCCGACUACUGGCUGGAUGUGCUGUACAGCAAGGCUGCUAACAUGCCAGAUGCAGAACUGUUCGACCUGAUUUCUGAAAACCGAUCCAUGUCCCGAAAGCUCGAGGACUACGGAGAGCAGAAGUCCACGUCCAUCAGCACAGCCAAGAGGCUGGCAGAGUUUCUGGGAGACCAGAUGGUGAAAGACGCAGGUCUGAGCUGUCGCUAUAUCAUCUCCCGCAAACCAGAGGGCUCCCCCGUCACAGAAAGAGCCAUUCCUCUGGCCAUCUUCCAGGCCGAGCCCAGCGUCAAGAAGCAUUUUCUCCGAAAGUGGCUGAAGAUGCCCAGCCUGCACGACCUGGACAUACGCUCUAUUCUUGACUGGAGCUAUUACAUUGAGAGGUUGGGCAGUGCAAUCCAAAAAAUCAUCACGAUCCCUGCAGCUCUGCAACAGGUGAAGAAUCCCGUUCCAAGAGUGAGGCAUCCUGACUGGCUUCACAAGAAACUCCUGGAGAAAAAUGACAUCUACAAGCAAAAGAAGAUAAGUGAGCUGUUCUCCAGUGAGGGCAAGAGACAGGUGACCCACCAGCCUCUUGAAGUGGGAGAAACUGCAGACAUAGAGGACUUCGGGAUGCCAGCCAGACCCCUGCAGCCCGCCAUCCUCAUCAGCACCAAGAGGAAGCGGGCUUCUCAGGGAGACGACAGCCAGGUGGAGUCUCAGGACGUGGAGCUCACGCAGUCCUGGAGAGAAAUCCUGGGACCUCCCCCACCUACGGGAACGACACGGGAGGAGCGUCUCGUUUGGCUGCGCUAUCAUAAGAAGAAAUGGGAGCUGCAGCUCAGGCAAAGGAGGGAGAAGCAGAAGAGGAGAAAGCUGUUGGAUGGGGAAGUCCAACCUGUUAGUGGGGGGGUGAUCAGAGGUGGGCCCGCCACCGGCCUGGGGAGCUUCCUCCGCAGAACGGCUCGCAGCAUCCUGGACAUGCCGUGGCAGAUUGUGCAGAUUGCAGAGACGAGCCACCCCGGUCUGUACAAGCUGUGGGCUGUGAUUGGAAACGACCUUCACUGCAUGAAACUCAACAUCCCGCGUGUUUUCUACGUCAACCAGAAAGUCCCAAAGCAGGAGGAGGGAGUCGCGUACAAAAAGGUGAACCGGAUGCUGCCUCGCUCCAACGUGGUGUACUACCUGUACGAGUACUCUGUACCAGAGGACAUGUACCAGAAGCACAUCAAUGAGAUCAACGCUGACCUCUCUGCUCCAGACAUCGAAGGCGUCUACGAAACACAGGUCCCGUUGUUGUUCCGCGCGCUGGUGCAGCUCGGAUGUGUGUGUAUGGUAAACAAGCAUGUUGUGAGGGGUCUGGCUGGCAGAGAGACCGACACCUUUGAUCUGGAACAUUUGGAGAUGAGGUCUCUGGCCCAGUUCAGCUACCUGGAACCUGGAAGUGUUCGCCACAUGUAUCUGUAUCAUCACAGCCAGGGUCAUAAGGCUCUGUUCGGCCUGUUCAUCCCCUCUCAGCGCAAAGCUAGCAUCUUCAUCCUGGACACGGUUCGAAGCAACCAGAUGCCCAACCUGAGUAAUCUCUACACGGCUGAGCGCACUGCCCUCCUGGAGAAGACGACGGAGGAGCUUCUACCUCCAGACAAACACACCUUCGAGGUUCGAGCUGAAAAUGACAUCAAAGCGAUUUCCCGCUCACUGCAGCGCAUCCUGCUGAAUUACAAGGAGGAGCGGCGUGGGCCCACCCUCAUCGCCCUGCAGUCCAACUGGGAGCUGCGGCGACUAGCUGCAGGGAUGCCAGUGCUUGAGGAGUUCCCAGUUGUUCCAGUACACGUGGUAGAUGAGAUCAACUAUAACGUUCUGGACUGGCAACGUCACGGAGCCAGGAGAAUGAUCCGCCAUUACCUCAACCUGGACAGCUGCCUGUCUCAGGCUUUUGACAUGGCCAGGUAUUACCACCUACCUGUGGGUAAUUUGCCCCAGGACGUGUCCAUCUUUGGCUCAGACUUGUUCCUAGCCAGACAUCUACGGAAACACAACCACCUGCUGUGGCUUUCACCGACAGCCAGGCCCGACCUCGGAGGAAAAGAGGCAGACGACAGUCGUCUGGUCAUGGAAAACGACGACUGGGGCUCUGUGGAGAUCAACGCUCAGGGAUGUUACUCCACAGUGUGUGUGGAGCUGGACCUGCAGAGCCUGGCGGUGAACACCAUCCUCCAGUCGCAGCACGUUAACGACAUGGAGGGCGGAGCCAGUCUGGGCGUUAGUUUUGAUGUGAUCCAGCAGGCGUCGUUGGAGGACAUGAUGUCAGGAAACCAGGGCGCCAGUGCGCUCGCUAGCUAUGAUGAAACCGCUCUCUGCUCCAACACGUUCAGGAUCCUUAAAAGCAUGGUGGUUGGGUGGGUGAGGGAGAUCACGCAGUACCACAAUGUGUACGCAGACAACCAGGUGAUGCAUUUCUACCGCUGGCUGCACUCGCCGAGCUCUCUGCUGUACGACCCGGCGCUGCACCGCACCCUGCACAACAUGAUGAAGAAGGUGUUUCUGCAGUUGGUUGCAGAGUUUAAACGUCUGGGCUCGACUGUGGUUUACGGAAACUUCAACAGGAUCAUCUUGUGUACAAAGAAACGGAGGAUCGAUGACGCCGUUGCUUACGUAGAAUAUAUCACCAACAGCAUUCACUCCAGAGAAAUCUUCCACUCGUUGUCCAUCUCCUUCUCCCGCUGCUGGGAGUUCCUGUUGUGGAUGGACCCCGCUAACUCUGGGGGUGUGAAGGGCAAGCUGCCGUCCAGCGUCCUGUAUGGAGAGGUACCGCUGUGUGAAACUGGUUUCCCCUUUACGUCCAGCUAA